AUGCUCAAUCUUGGUUACAUACAAUCUCAAUCUGAUCAUUCUUUAUUCAUUAGAGCUACUGCUUCUUCUUUCAUUGCUAUUUUGGUGUAUGUAGAUGAUAUUAUUAUUGCAUCUAACAACCCGCAUGAAGUACAGGCUCUUACAUAUCUACUGCAUAAUCAAUUUAAGCUCAAAAACCUUGGUGAUCUCAAAUACUUCCUUGGUCUUGAGGUGGCCCGAAGCUCCAAGGGUAUUUCUCUGUGUCAAAGACAAUAUGCUUUUGAAAUUUUGAAGGACUCAGGCAAUUUAGGCAGCAAGCCUCGCACUACUCCCAUGGAUGUUGGCCUCAAGCUCUCUUCUACUACUUGUGCUCCUCUUCCUGAUCCUUCUGUCUACAGAAGACUCAUUGGACGCUUGCUGUACCUCACCAUUACUCGGCCAGACCUCUCCUAUGCUGUCAAUUUUCUUAGUCAGUUCAUGUCAUCCCCUCGUGAGCCUCAUCUACAAGCUGCACAUCGACUACUUGGUUAUGUCAAGAACACAAUUGGUCAGGGCUUAUUCUACUCUUCUACUUUUUCCAUUAAGUUCAAUGCUUUCUGUAAUUCUGAUUGGGCUGCAUGCCCUGAGAGCCGUCGCUCCAUCACUGGUUUUUGCAUUUUCAUUGGUGAUUCAUUGAUUUCCUGGAAGUCUGAAAAGCAACCCACUGUUUCUCGAUCUUCUACUGAGGCCGAGUAUCGUUCUAUGGCUAACGCUACUUGUGAAAUACUAUGGUUAUUUGCCUUGCUGAAGGAUCUUCAUGUUCCCCAUCCUGGCCCUGCCCAUCUGUUUUGUGACAACAUGUCUGCUCUCCACAUAGCUGCCAAUCCAGUGUUCCAUGAGCGCACCAAACACAUCGAGAUUGACUGCCACCUUGUCCGUGAACACAUACUUCGGGGCACCUUGAAGACGUUCACAGUUCCUUCCUCCAAACAGAUUGCAGACCUCCUAACGAAGCCUCUUUUACCUUCUCAGUUCUCUGUUCUUUUGUCCAAGAUGGGAGUUUUAAAUAUACACUCUCCAUCUUGA